AAAAUAAAACUGAACAAAUAAAAAUUAAAAAGCAAACUGAAAGAAGGCAUCUUCUUCAGACUCCCUCUGCCUCUCCUCGGUUGAUAAUUUCCACACUUAUUACUUUUUUUUAUUUUUUUUUCUCUCAAUCAUCAAACACAAAGAGAUUGAAAUAUUGAGGGAGCGAGAGAUUUGCAUAUACAGAGAGAGAAGGCCUAAUCACCACGUACUGUCGUACCAUAGAUACAGAGAGAGAAAAGAAAAGCCCAAGAGAGAAACCAGGAUCUGACUGAUCUCUCGAUAUCUCUUAAUUAAAAUUUUAUUAUAAAGAUUAAAAAUGGGAACGCUCCAGACUUGGAGAAAAGCCUAUGGCGCUCUCAAAGAUUCCACAAAAGUCGGUCUCGCUCAUGUCAAUAGCGAUUUUGCGGAAUUGGAUGUGGCUAUUGUGAAAGCAACCAACCACGUCGAGUGUCCUCCCAAAGAAAGGCACCUUCGAAAAAUCUUAGUUGCCACGUCAGCGAUUAGGCCUCGUGCUGAUGUUCAGUAUUGUAUCCAUGCUCUUUCUCGCCGAUUGGCCAAGACUCACAAUUGGACUGUUGCAUUGAAAACAUUGAUUGUCAUCCAUAGAUUGUUAAGGGAAGGUGAUCCUACUUUCAAAGAAGAAUUAGUGAAUUUCUCGCAGCGAGGACGCAUCCUACAACUUUCUAAUUUCAAGGAUGAUUCAAGUCCUAUUGCUUGGGAUUGUUCUGCCUGGGUACGUACCUAUGCACUAUUUUUGGAGGAACGGCUUGAAUGCUUUAGAAUUCUCAAGUAUGACAUUGAAGCUGAGCGUCUUCCAAGACCUGUCCAAGGGCAGGAUAAGCAGGGCUACAGCCGAACCAGGGAGUUGGACAGUGAAGAAUUAUUGGAACAGUUGCCUGCUUUGCAGCAGCUACUGUAUCGUCUUGUUGGUUGUCGGCCAGAAGGUGCAGCUGUUGGCAAUUAUGUUAUACAGUAUGCUCUAGCACUGGUACUGAAAGAGAGUUUUAAAAUAUAUUGCGCUAUUAAUGAUGGAAUUAUCAAUCUUGUGGACAAGUUUUUUGAGAUGCCAAGACAUGAAGCUAUUAAGGCCCUUGAUGUUUACAAACGAGCUGGCCAGCAGGCUGGUAGUCUUUCUGAUUUCUAUGACGUCUGCAAAGGACUGGAACUUGCUAGGAACUUCCAGUUUCCUGUUUUGAGAGAACCUCCACAAUCCUUUUUAACAACCAUGGAAGAGUACAUAAGAGAGGCACCCAGGGUUGUUACUGUUCCAAGUGAGCCGUUGCUUCAGUUAACAUACAGACCAGAAGAGGGUCCUUCUGAACCUGAAGACACCAAAUUACCCAUUGACGAACCUGAGUCAGUGCCUUCAGAAGAUGUUGCCAUUGCCAAUGCUGAGGUUGCUCCUCCCACUCCUCCAACGCCUCCUCAAAACAACAUGGACACUGGAGAUUUACUGGGACUGAAUUAUGCCAGCCCUGAUGUAUCAGCUGCAUCAGCAAUUGAAGAAAGAAAUGCAUUGGCUCUGGCCAUAGUUCCACUUGAACAGGAUGCUGCUCCAACUUUCAACUCUGGUGCUGGUCAACCAAAAGAUUUUGAUCCUACAGGAUGGGAGCUUGCCUUGGUUACCACUCCGAGUGCUAACAUUUCUUCAGUUAAUGACAGGCAAUUGGCCGGUGGAUUGGACACACUUACUCUGAACAGUUUGUAUGAUGAUGUGGCAUAUAGAGCUGCCCAACAGCCUGUUUAUGGAGCUCCAGCUCCAAAUCCAUUCGAGGUACAUGAUCCAUUUGCAAUGUCAAACAGCAUUGCCCCUCCUUCGGCAGUGCAGAUGGCAGCAAUGACUCAACAGCCUCCCAAUCCCUUCGGCCCAUACCAACCAACCUAUCCACAGCCACAACAGCAGCAACAUCUGAUGAUGAGCCCUGCAAAUCCUUUUGGCGAUGCAGGAUUUGGGACUUUUCCCGUGAAUACUGUUACUCAUCCUCAUUCAAACAAUCCAUUUGGAAGCACAGGCCUUUUGUAAUCGCAUUGGAACUUUGUAAUCUAGGUGAUGCGCAGUUGGUUUUUGUCGAUUGAAAAUGAGCAAAGCAACGUGGGUUGGCUUGUGGACCCACAAGAUUGAUGGUUUGCGGCAUAAAUCAUGAGUUUGUUUUGGGUGUAAAAGUUAGCAAGUGAAUAGUGUAUUAUGUAAUAACUUGUUGAUACGGAUCAUAAAUAAUUGUAAGUGAUUUCUUAAA